UAAAUUACAGAAAUGACCAAAACGACGGCACUUCGUCUCAGAACGCCUAUCGCAAGCGCAUACGACACCGUAGAUUUUCCACUAUAAAUACAGAUCUGCAAAGAAAUUUAAAAGCGGCUGCUGAAGAAACCCUUCACUCAAAAAAUAACCUCAAUUUGAUUAUAUCACAGCAAUUAUAAUCACAGAAAAGGGGAAAAGAGGAGAGGAAGGAGAUGCCGGGAUUAACGUGCAACGCUUGCAACAAAGAAUUCGCAGAUGAUGUUGAACAAAAGCUCCAUUACAAAUCCGAGUGGCACCGCUACAAUCUCAAACGCAAGGUUGCUGGUGUACCAGGAGUGACUGAAACACUCUUCCAAGCUAGACAAUCUGCACUUGCUGAUGAGAAAAAGAAGCUGAAUGAGACUCCCAUGCUUUACAGUUGUGGCCUUUGUGGCAAGGGGUAUAGAAGUUUGAAAGCCCAUGAACAACACCUGAAGUCUAAAAGUCACUUAAUAAGGGCUUCUGAAGCAACAGGCAACAUAGAUGAAGGGAGUACGAUUAUCAAACCUCUUACACGCCGUGCGCCGAAGGAACCUCUGCAUCAUGUGAUGGAGGAAGAUGAAGAAAGUGAGGAGAGUGACUGGGAAGAGGUUGAUCCUAAUGAAGAUUUACUUGGUGAAGCCAGUGACUCUUUGAAACAAUUACAAGUUAACGAGGGUACUUCUAAUGAUGAUAUGGAUGAAGAUGAGGAUGGUGAUGAUUUUGAAGUUUUGGACCCGUCUUGUUGCUUUAUGUGUGAUCUGGAGCAUGAUACAUUAGAGAGCUGUAUGGUACACAUGCACAAGAAGCAUGGGUUCUUCAUUCCAGAUAUCGAGUAUCUGAAGGAUCCUAAAGGUCUUCUCACAUAUCUGGGCCUCAAGGUUAAACGAGAUUUCCUGUGUUUGUACUGCAAUGAGAGAUGUCACCCUUUCAGUAGUUUGGAGGCAGUUCGGAAGCAUAUGGAGGCAAAAAAUCACUGCAAAGUGCACUAUGGCGAUGGAAGUGAAGACGAGGAAGCAGAGCUUGAAGAUUUUUAUGAUUACAGCAGCAGUUAUGAUGGCACGGAUGGAAACCAACUGGUUGCCGUUGGUGACAUGGAGAAUGCUGUUGCACUUGGUAGUGGUGGUUCUGAGCUUGUCAUCACCAGGCGCAAUAACGGUGCAACAACGACGAAAAUGCUUGGAUCUAGGGACUAUUUGAAAUACUAUCGCCAGAAACAUCGUCCCACAGCCUUACACAGUGAGAUCACCGCUGCAUUAGCUGCUAGGUACAAGAGCAUGGGCCUUGCAACUGUGCAGUCAAGAGAGCACGUAGUCCGGAUGAAAGUAAUGAAGGCGAUGAACUCGUCUGGUGUUGAGGCGAUGCGCUCUAAAAUGGGUAUGAAGAGUAAUGUCAUUCGCAACCUCCCCAAGAACUGCACGUAUUAGUCCUUGCGCCCACCUGCUAUCGUUACAGCAGUGUUUCAUAUGGCUACAUUUCCCCCCCUUGUUAUCCUCCAUGGAAGAAGUGGAUGGGGGAGAGAGGAGUUCACAUGAUGUUAACAGACAUAUCUGAAAAUUUUUAGAUCCAGUAAUUUUUUUGCAGUAUUAAAGAUACUAAAAUAUUGUAUGUUUUUGGUUGUGCGGUAUACGGCUCAAUUGUGACUGGAAUCUUAUUUCUGUUUUGGCUUGUUGAAAUAUUGAGUUUUCCAUAUCC